GGGUGGAGCUGACUGGCUGCUGCUGAAGAGAAAUCGUUCCUGUGAAGAACUGGCAAUUAAAGAAAAGGGACGAGGGGAGAAGGAGACGAAAGAAGAAAAAAAAAGUAAGAUACGCAGAUGCUCUGGCAAGCGUCGGCAUGGAAACAACUCAAGCCUCUUCCCCUCCUGGUGUCGGGGGCUGAGUGAGACCGGGCUCUGCGGAGACCUGCCUCGCCAGAGGCACCGGUGGAGCAGAGCGGAGCAGUCGCCGCCGCCUCCUCGCAACUCUUUCUCCUCUUUCGCCAACGUGAAAAAUCCAGCUACAAGUACCUCCUGUUUCUCUUUUUUCGCCCGUCCUCUGUCCACCCCCUAAAUCUGUCUGUGUGGCUCUCUUUCUGCACUCAUCACUCUUUCGCUCUCCCGCUCUCUCCUCCCCUCUCUCCUCCCCCUUCUCUCUCACGCUCUCUUGCUCCCUGUCUCUCUCGAUCUCGCUCUCUCGCUCUCUCUCUCUCUCGCGCUCUCGUUCUCUCUCGUGCUGUCACACUGCCCCCGCUUUAUGCUGGAGUCAGCUGGGCAGCUUAGCAGCAGCCCGGGCAGCGCGUCCUCUGCGCGUAUCUGCGCAAGUGUGAGUGCAAAGCUGGCUUUCUCGCUGAGUUGAAUGAGAAGAGUACUAUCGGGGCAGGGUGACCGUUUGGACUAAGGAGCCGUGGGGGAGGGAGAGCUCAGAGAAAAGGUAAAGGUCCCCUUUAUAAUUCUACUGAGUGACUGACUUGCUUCUCGAGGCUCGCGAGUGGGUGGUCCUGUGGCCAGCUGCUGAGAAGAGGGCGCGAGUGCACUUCUCCAUCAAGGGUGGAUCAAGCACUGGAGAUUCAUGUGGGCCCCAGACCUUCAGGCCAGACUGGGGAAUGAUCCUGUUUCUACUGCACUAGGAGCGCUGCGGACAGCCAUGGCAUCGGAGGGGGGCUGUCCCGAGCGGGAACCGGCCAGCGCCGCGCCAGCCCGGAGGCGCAGGCGCCCGGAGCGGGGGGCGGGUCGGGUCACCGCGGCCUUCCUGGCCAGGACGCGCCUGCACGGGCUGAAGUACGUGUGCGCGCAGAGCGCCUCCCUCAGGCACCGCGCCUUCUGGCUGCUGGCGCUCUGCACCUCCCUCGGCCUCCUCCUGGCCUGGUCCUCCAACCGCUUCCUCUACUGGCUGUCCUUCCCCACCUACACCAAGGUGCACAUGGAGUGGGCCAAGGAGCUGAACUUCCCCAUCGUCACCAUCUGCAACAACAACCCCAUCCGCUUCUACAAGCUCACCAAGAGCGACCUGUACUUUGCCGGACACUGGCUGGGCCUCCUCCUGGCCAACCGGACCGCUCGGCCCAUCAUCCUUGACCUGCUGCAGAACGAGCGGCAGGCCUGGUUCAGCAAGCUGUCCGACUUCCGCCUCUUCCUCCCUCCGCGCAACUUUGAAGGCACCAACAUGGAGUUCAUGGACCGCCUGGGCCACCAGCUUGAGGACAUGCUGCUCUCCUGCAAGUACCGAGGAGAACCAUGUGGACCGCAGAACUUCUCCUCUGUUUUCACCCGGUAUGGGAAGUGCUACAUGUUCAAUGCGGCUGAAGAAGGGAAGACCCUGCGCACUACGGUGAAGGGAGGGACAGGGAAUGGCCUGGAGGUCAUGCUGGACAUUCAGCAGGACGAAUACCUGCCUGUGUGGGGUGAGACAGAGGAGACGGCGUUUGAGGCAGGAGUCAGAGUGCAGAUUCACAGCCAGGCCGAGCCCCCCUUUGUUCACGAGCUCGGGUUCGGCGUUGCCCCGGGAUUCCAGACCUUCGUUUCGACACAAGAACAGAGGUUGACCUACCUACCUCCUCCUUGGGGGGAGUGUCAGUCCAUGGCCCUGGAGUCUGGAUUCUUCCAGGUGUACAGUGUCACGGCCUGCCGGAUCGACUGUGAGACGCGCUAUAUCGUGGAGAACUGCAACUGCAGGAUGGUGCACAUGCCAGGUGAUUCUCCUUUCUGCACCCCUGAACAGUACAACGAAUGUGCCGAGCCAGCACUGGCAAAGCUGUCUGAAAAGGACAACAACAACUGUAUCUGCCGGACCCCCUGCAACAUGACCCGCUACAAUAAGGAGUUGUCUAUGGUGAAAAUUCCCAGCAAGACUUCAGCAAGAUACCUGGAAAAGAAGUUUAACAAGUCUGAGAAAUACAUCACGGACAACAUCCUGGUCCUGGAUAUAUUUUUUGAAGCCCUCAACUAUGAGACCAUUGAGCAGAAGAAAGCUUAUGAAGUGGCUGGUUUGCUGGGUGACAUCGGCGGGCAGAUGGGGCUGUUCAUCGGAGCAAGCAUCCUGACAAUACUUGAGCUGUUCGACUAUGCCUAUGAGGUGAUACGAGACAAAUUGCUGGACUUAUUGAGUCGAGAUGAAGAGGAAGGGAGCCACAGGGAGGAUGUGAGCACCUGCGAUCCGGUGGCGAACCACUCUGAAGCCAUCAGCCACACUGUCAGCGUGCCCCUGCAGACCACACUGAGCACACUGGAGGAGAUCACCUGCUAGUGCCUCCCGACCUGCCCUGACGCCCACCAGCUCGGACAGCAGGGACGGGGGGUCCGGAGGGAGGUCUGCUGGGGACCUGCCCCGCGUUGACUGAGUGUCUUUGGAACAAAAUCAUCGAAGGAAAAUAGCAGAAGAAAAACCAAGAGCUUUGCUGCAACAUGCUGCACAAUUGGGAAUAAUGGAUAUGUCCUCUUGACUUAAAAUGAACUCUCUGUGAGUGAAGACAGUCUCAGACAUAUUCUCCCCGACAGACUCUGAGCCGAGAGGUCUCUGAUUUCAUGGCUGAUACAAAAUCGGUCCACCGAGGGAAUACAUCUGUAUAGCUUUGUGUAUACAAUUCACUCUCUUGUCAUUCACAACCUACUGCCAAAUUGUAUAUUUGCCAACUGUCCCACUUGCAUGUUGGUUCUUUGGAUACAGUGCUUUUUACUGAUGCCAAGACUGUUGUUUCGCUUACGCUGUAUGUCUCUGAAACUAUACGGCUUGCAAGGCAAAGCUUGGUGUGCCACUGUGGGAGAAACAUCCUGCUCAGAGGGUCACAGUCAGUGCUCCAACAUCUGCAGCUUUCUUCGUCAAUUAAAUGCUGUGUGUAACAAACCAUUUAAUGUGCGCCACUCGCUCCUGUUAUUCUCACACAUUGAUUUGUGGAUCAGUUAUGUAACCACUUAACUUUAAAUGACAUGAAUUUUAUUUAUUUAUUAAAGUUUAUACACCAAAAAUUCAGUUCGGUCGCUUUAGUAUCGCCGUAAAAAUGACAUACAGUGUUGUCAGUGGCAGUCAGGAAGCACAGGGGUGCAGUAGCAGAAGACAAAGAGUUGAUUAUAAGGAGCUGGGGUAAAGAGGUUGAGGGUCUAAUGAGUGGAAGAGGGUUGUGGAAGAGAUUGAGGUGGUGAGAGCUGUGUAAGAGUUUAAAUGUUGCAGAAAUGCCAGGCCACCAUUUCCAUUUACUUUACAAAGUGUUCAGCUGCGGUUCACUGAUUUGCUCGUGUAUUUAUAAAAAUACAUAUGAAGCAGUUUUUCGCCACAGGUUUAUCAUGAAAAAUGAUACUCAGCUCUACAGCUGUCCCAUUCCAGUUUUUCAAGCCUAAGUGGAUGCAUUUCAUUGGAGGAAUUUAAGGUGAGGCCUUGGUUCAACUAAAAAAGGUAUUUAUAAAUAUUUUCGAUUUAAAAAUUAUAUUGCCAUUCAUUAACAUUCUUAAGAUUAUAGCAGGGUGAUCAGAAAUGUCUAUAUUCAUUCAUUUGUAUUGACAUAAGAUUUCACAGAGCAUAAACUGUGCCUUGACAAUGUAGUCUUGUGCAUGGAAAUGAAUGUAUGCCUGGAUUAAGUACAAUUUAGUUAGUUAAUUUUGGAGAUUGGUCAGCACUGAUCUCUUUGUUUGAGGAGAUAAAAUUGUCAUUUACGUGUGGUUGAAAUCAAGUACACAUGUUAUUUGUAUCCCGGUCAUAUUUCUUUUUUGUGUUGUUCCUGAAAAUUAAAUCAAACAGUAAGUCUAAUAUCACUGUUUUUUGAGGAUUCAGAUUCAGAUUCAGAAACAGCCUGCAUCCUCCUUCCAAAGAAAAAUUAUUUGAAGCACAUUUUAUCUGAUACAUUCCCUUCCACUAAGACCUCCACUCCAUAUCAUCUUACCACUUGAUUUCAUAUAAAUAUCAAAAUCAAUGAAUAUGCUGUGCUAAUAUAAUAUGGUUUACAAAAUAAUAUAUAAUCUUAGGCUAAAAAAUGGUAUUUUAAAAUAUUUAUAUUCAACAAUAUUUGUGAAUUCAUAUGUGCUCAUUGUUAACCAACUUCAUUUUGUACACAUUUUGAGACAUCCAGUUGUCUGUUAGAGUAGAUUAAAAGUUACAGAAGUCUUUAAUACACCCUAGCUAAACACAACAUUUCAUGAACAAUCAUACUUUAAACAAACUUAUCCCAAUUAUUCUGCUGUUUAAAUUGGAAUUUUGCCAAACAUGAUUUCUCUGUAGGAGAACUAUGCAAAAUUUCAGAAUGUUCAGAAAGGUCAAGGAAAAUCCAAACUGCAGUACCAUCUGUUUUUGUUGUUUUAAUUUAUUUUUAUUUUGUAUGUUACCGUCAAACACUUAUACACAUAAUUAAAUGAAUCCCUGUCCCGAGAACAACAGUUCAUUUACAUUAUCCAAUUAGACCAGUCAUCUUGUGAUAUAUAUUUCAAAGACCAGCCUGCUGUGUCCUUGAAGUAAAUGUGUAGGUGGGAUUCAAUCAAAUACAAUUUCCCCCAAAUACACUCUGCCAUUUUAAGAGCAUUUUCACAACAAUCCGAGAGGAUUUUCACUCUCUUUAACUUCCCCGGGUUUUUUUUUGUUGGAUUCAGUCAAAAAAAACAAACAAAAAAAAAACAUUAUGCUCAUAAGGAUCAUCACCCACUAACAAUUUAAUUUAACUAUACAUCAUGAAGUCUAUUGAACAUGGCCAUAAGCAUGACAGACAUAGUCAUAUCCAGUUACGAUAGCAUAAUGUAUGCAGCAAUCAAUUUGUGGCAUUUUGAAUCUGUUUUUUUUUUUUUUUUUUAAUGCUGCAUAUAGUAUGGAUAUGUUAAGACAUGACACUUAAAACAGAUGUCAGAUUAACAUCUAACAACUAACAAAUUAAUAAUAAUCAAUAACAAUGUGUAUGCAAACAAGGUUUCGUUUUCUUCAGACAGCAAAGGUGCUACAAUGUGAACCAGUUUAACCAGGUACAAGUUAGAGUACAUGCAUAUAUGAUAUAAUGUCUACUUAAAUUGAAAUACUUCCAAAUAUUAUUUUAAUCUGAAAUAUUAGCACAAUUAAUUGUGCAGAAUAUUCUAAGCCAAAGCAUAUUUAAUGAUAAAUUCUUUUAGUGAGCACUUGAAAUAGUCCUUUUUAUUUUUCUUUUUUCAAAUCCUAUUCAGAUUAAUAUUGUUUGUUACCCUUCUAUUCAUUAGUAAGUUUUAAAAACAAUCUACCUAUCAUAUAUAUAUUUGAUUUAAUUGUUUUUUUUUUUUUUAAAUGGUUUUCAUGAUGAACCAAACCAGUUCCUUAGAUUCAUUGCCAUGGUCAGUUGUAGAUUCUGCCAUCCCAUGUUCAUCAUCAUAAAGUGACCACAUGCUUUAUUUUACUGAAACGUGAUUUCUAAAGAGGUAGUUAAAGUGAAUAAGCAUUUGAAUAUACUAAUAGGUGCUACCCCAGAAAGCUACAAACCUUUGAAGGAGGGUUUUCAGUGCAGUUCAGUGGUCAUCCAAACAACAUUUCCGCCACCAAACUACUUAUGUCUCUGGAUUUUAUGUGGAUUUAACUGAAAUUGGCAAGCAGUAGGAUAUGAAUGCUAUCAAGAUUUUUGGUUUCUAAGUGUGUGUUUGCGGGCCCUGAAAAUGCAAUUUAGCAGUAAUUUAUCAUCUGGGAAACAGGAGGUUAUACCAAAAUGACCACAGAUUAAAUUGGAUAUCAUUUAAGAUCACUGUCAAUAGUGACAGAUCUUUCAGUUAAAUUCCAGCUUAGUUGCUUCAAUAAGAGGCUCAGCCAUGGUCAAUGAACUUUUAUUUGCCUUGCUGUAUGUGCACAUGCACUACAUUCCUGUUUCUGCCCAUUAAAUUGCAAUCAGCACCACAAGUUGCAUUUUAAUUAUAAAAAAAUUAAAGCAAAUUAUUCCCAUGAGCAUGACUGCUGGACGUGAGAAUAUACAUUUUCACUUGAAUUUCCCUUCAACCACAUUUUGAUCAACAUUUUUUUUUUGUUGCAAGAACCAAAAAACUGCUAAAUUUGCAGUCUAAUCAGACCAUUAAAAAUAGCUUAUCAUUGCUGGUACAGUUAGUAACAUGACCCUCUGGAGCUCCUGUUGUCAGAGAGAAGCUGGUCUUUAUCCUUGUUAAGGAUUCAUUCUGUGAUACUCCAUUCGUGUUUUUGACAUCAAAUGAAUAAACCAAAAUAAUUUUUUCAGCUCA